AAUACCCGACUUCUUUAAAGAACAACUUAUCUAAAUAGACGAUACGAUGUGAAAAAGGCUUUCUCUUAUCUGCAAGUAUUUUCUCUGAUUUAAAUGGGACAACACCAAUACAUUAAAUGAAAUAAUAAUUGCACGGUAUUAGGGAAAAUCUUUUCUCGGCUACCGUAUCAAGACAUUUGUCAGGAAACAAGACAUUGUUUCCUUCUCGGUAAAAUCGUUGUUACUUCCUGGUUGGGGACAACACUUGGACCAAGAAGGAAAUUACAGAAAUGUUGUGGAUUAUCAAGCUCUAAAAUGUCCAGACGAACGCAGCUAGCAGCCGGUGAAGUGCACGUGAAGAAGGGAAGAUUACAGAGUAAAAAGGUUAAGUACAUAGUUGUCUGUCUGGGAGAUGAGUCCUCUGCCAGCUUCAUUGAAGUCCAUGACAACAAGGCACACUUUGAGACCCCUACCAACAAACACAAACCGAAAGUCUACCAACUGGAAAACAUCAAACCAGAUGACCUGGACAAAGUGGAAAGGAACCAGGCUAAGGAGUACUACCUGGAUAUUCCAUUCAAGAAGGAGAAGAUGUGUCUGAUGUUUGACAGCCGAGAGGAACUUGCCUUGUGGCACGACGCCAUCGUUCAGGCCAUUAACAUGGAUGCAUUUGAGGAAGAUGAUCUGAAGGAAAAUUUUCUGUAUGAAUCGGAGGACAGUGCACAAGUGUUUGAUGUUGUGGCGCAGGAAACAGAAGCUUCAAAAAGACUGAAUUUAGAAAACUGUGGAAAAUUCAAACUCUUUGUUACUAUGGCAUCUCUAGGCCUUGAAGAUUCAAAAACCCAUGAAAUCAAAUGCAGGUGGCAUUUUGAAUUUAUCCGUCGUUAUGGGUUCACAAAAUCAAGGAAUUUAUUCACAAUUGAGGCAGGAAGACGAUGUGAAACUGGGGAGGGAACAUUUGAUUUCCACAUUGUGGGUAACCCAAAAGCAUUAACCCUGGCCAUAGACAAUGCAACAAAAGCCAAGCAAAGUAGAACAGUUACUUCCACAUUAACAAGGAAUAUUGAACCCGACAAUACCAAAGAGCCACCAGCAAAAGUCAGAGACUCUGCAAAAUCAGUCAAAUCUAGAGCUUCAGAGCCUUUGACAAGGAAAUCCGCUGAUUCCUUAAGUUUGGAAAAUUCCAAAGGGAGUCAAUCUGAGGAUGAAACUCAGACACCUUCCAAUUUACACCUUAGCUUUAAAAACUCCUUAGAGGCCACCAUUAGUCACCACCCAACCUCACCCAAACCUCAAAAAGAGGGUAGCAGCAAAGAAAAGAAGAGGGGAUUUUCGUUUCCAUGGAAAAAGGACAAGGGCGAGAAGAAAGAUUCCAACAAAAGUCUGGAAGGCAGUGAGAACAGUAAGGGAACUGAUAAUGAGCCCACAGAUCUAUAUGAUGAGCCUCUAGUACCUGUAUCCAGUAAACCAUCAGUUAAGGUGAAGAAAUCUGAGCCAAUAUAUGAUGAGGCAGGUGAAAAUAAUAACACAGUUCCCAGUGUAAGGCCACCAGUUUACACAGAGCCAGGAAAACAGAAAACAGAGUCUAGUCGGAAGAAACAGGGAGUGGAAGAAACUGCAACAAAAGAUGGUAGGAACAUGCCAAGUAUUCCAGACAGAAAGUAUGAGGAGGAGGAAGAUGAUGACGAAACAUAUGACCAUGUGGAGUUGAAAGCUGAGAACUCCAACCCACGAAAGCCAAAAGAAGCAUUGGCCCUGCCGGAGCAUAUUUAUGGCAUCGGUUCAGGGAAGAAAAUUGAAGAUAUUGACGACGAUGAUUAUGCGUGUGCCGACUUUCCAGAAAAUGAACAAAAAGUUGUGACUGCGAAAGCUGCAAAGCCAUCAGAGCAAGAAGAAGAAAAUGACUAUGAGUUUGAAAAUGUGGAUGAAGAUGACACUUACGCAGAUACCAUGAACCCGUCGGAGGAUUAUGCCGACGCCAUGUCCUGUGUCCGUACAGAACCAACACCGAAACCCCGACCCCAGCUGUAUGAAGACGUCUCGUAGUGUAAACAUUGAAAAUCGAAAAUCGAAAAGUUACACCCUAAGAUAAAUGUAAUAUUUGGUUAGAUAUUCUGUUGAUGCUGCAAGUUCAAUACUUGGGUUUUUUUCUUCUCAGCACACUUAUAUAAAUGGUUUACCAUAAAUAUAUUAAUUAUAGUAAUAUUUGUAUAAAAAUCAUACAGUAUAAUAUUUUAACAGAAGAUUUGUUAGAUUACUUGUCAGGAAAUGAAUGAAAUGUGAUUGUAUAUAGUAAUAGAUCACUCAUUUGUAAUCUAAAAAUGUUUUCAUGUUAAAAUGCCUCAAAAAAUGAAUAAUAAGCAAUUUAAUUUUGAAUACCUUUUUAUGCAACCGUUAUUAAAAUGAGUGAUUUAUAGGCAUUUUGUAAAUGCGACCUCAGCAAUUAUUCUGUCUGUUUAAAGUUUUUUUUUAGUAAUAUUUUACAAUAUGAUUGGUUUUUGCAGACAGGUUUCUGCUGUUAAGAGAAGCAGUUGCUGUAAACAGGUUUUACAGAGGAAUAUGGUUCUCAGUCACAGACAUUGUAAAACAGUUACUGUAAAUACAUUUUACAGUGGAAUAUUGAGUCAAAGCAGAAUUUGAGUGCUGUAAAUUGAUUGUGUUAUUAUUUAAUCGUUUGUUUACAUGUGUAAUUAUAUUGAUAUGUUUGUAUUUACAUUUAUUAGUACACACAAGUUAUCAUGAUUUAUAUUUGAUUGUAUUGUUACCUUAGUGUGGUUCCUGCCUAGACAAUCUAAUUUAAAUUUGAUGGGUUUUUUAAUCGAUCUGCCUCUCACUCAGCAGCUUCUUUGAGUAGAGUAAUGGACCCAAAACAUCUAAUUUUAAUUGGAUUGUUGACUACCUGUUCUCAGUCAAAAUAUAGAGCACCUCUUUGUUCUAUUUUUGUCUUAAAAAGGAUCACCUCAAACCAGUUUUAUGUUAAACGCCAUGUAGCAGCAUGUUCAGGUAAAUUUGGUACAUGUAAGUUUUAGCUUUCCUGGACAUGUAUAAAUGUAUAAUACAAUUUUCUUUGAACCAUUAAACUGAAAACUAAACAGAAAAGAUAAGGCAAUGUUUUUUGUAUCAGCAUCUAUAUAUUACGUUUAAGUCUAAUUCAUCUUCGAUAUAUAGAUUAGAUGCUUUUUGUUAAAUUUAGUUUUCCCAAAGUUUAGAUCCUUUUUUUACUUUGAUAUUUUAUGAGAUAUGUAAAUGUCCUUUUAUGACACAGGAAACUCAAAAGUUGAUCUUUUUUCUAAGAAAUUAUUCUGUGCUCUCACAUGUACAGUACUUGAGAGAUUUGUCAAGUGUAAAGUAUAGAUAGCAUGUCUCCGUUUCCUCCUAGCCUAGGGGAAGUUCUGAUGUUGUUUUUUUUUUGGUUUGGUUUUUCUUUUGGAAAAGGAAGAUGAUAGAGACAAAUUAGUCCCCACUACCCCGUCUGUUUAAAAAAGAAAUUCAUCUGUUGAAGUGUUUGGUUAAAUGUUUUUUAAAGAUACACUUGAACUUUGGUGUCUUAAGUUUAAAUAUAUCUAUUACAACAGAUAUGUAAAAAUGCAUGGGAUAUCACUGCUUCUUUUACAAUUUAAACCGUUAAUAUAUCUUAAAUUAACAGAAAUUACUAUUUUUCCCAAGUGUUUCCUACUCCCAUUCAGUUCGAAAUAACAAGGUUCAAUGGACGUGUAAAUAAAAAUCAGUUUUGACUUACGUUUACUUAAUUUAUUCAAGUGUCUCAGUCUAUUUUUUUAAAAGAUAAAGAAUUAAUUACUUCAUAUUUUGCAAAACUAGACCUUGUGUAUAUUAUUGUACAUUUAAAUUUUACCUUGUUUUUUUAGGAAGCCCAAUGACAUGAUGCUUUUUGAAUUAUUCACAAUCAUUUUUUUUAUACAAUAAAGAAAAACAUGUAUUUUACAAUACAUGAAUAAUAUUGUAUAUCAUUUUUUUUUAAAUGCAAGACAACAUACGGCACCUAUAGUUGUAAAAAUGUGUAGCUCAUGAGCUGCAGUGUAAAUCUUUGGUUGGACCCAUACUUGGAUCUCUUUCUCAAGUGCACAUUAAAAACUGUCAAUUCAAAUUAUGUAAUAGGCUACGCAACUUUUCAGAUGAGAAGCUCUUCCCUGUUGACUAAAUUCAGAGUGGCUAGGUUGUAAGAGAAUCAGUAAAUUAAGCGUAUAUUUGUGGUUUUAUGCCCAUCUCCUAUCCAAAAGAUUAUUUUUGUGACAUGGUAUUCAUCACGAUGCUUGUCAAAUUAAGUUGAACCGUCUGCUUAGCAUCCUUAUACCCUGCACUGGUAUAAUUGGAUAUACUUAGGAUUAAGUCAUACCUGGUCUAAAUUCAAAGGCUGACAAUCACACGCAUGUUGCCUUUUAAUUCUUAGAACGAGGUCUAUAUACUAGUCAUUAUAACUAUGAAAUAAUAAAGUACACAGGAAAAUGAUCAUUCGCAAUUUUUUAUUUAAUGUUAAGUUUGAGGAGGAAUAGACCAUUAAAAGUUUUUUAUCGUUGAUCCAAAUGUGUAAAGUGAUCAGCUUACCUAAAUAUGCAAGAUCUAGCUGAAAAUCUCAUGAUAAAAUGAGGAGUUGUUUCUGCUGGCCAGAUACCCAAAAAUGGUGAUUUUUAAAGUUUUGCAAAAGCUUUGUUACCUAUAUACUCAGCUACGUAACACGGCGGAGUAUAAAUUAGUCAGCAGUACAUUACGUUAAUGCUUUGUAGACAAUUGUCACACCUGGUUUUCUGUAUCAGAGUAUUGUCACUUUAUAACACUAUGUAAUAUUAAUAGCAUUCCAUUAUUAUAUAUAAAUAUUACCACAGAGCAUGGCUCUAAAAAUACAGUUUUAUUUUGUUUUUCUCUUUUAAGUUUAAUUUUAACAACAUUUUGUGUAUGAGAUAUAUUUUUGUAUGUUUUGUGUAAACAUUAAAAGAUAAUCAAAACUUUUCAUAAAACAUGUAGUUAAUCUAUUUGAAUUUGGCAUGUUUAUAAACGCUGUGUAUUUUGCUACUUUUAUAUUACUUCUUUCAUGUAAAUCCCCCCUAAAUGUAACAUAAAGGAUUUUUGUGUUACAUGUAUUUGGUUACAGACGUAUCAAAAACAUGGUUUACUCCUGUUAAACUUCAACUCGCUUUCAAAAAGAUGUCAGAACAAUGUAAACAUAUCUCAUAUAAUUUGAUACAACAGGAGUCAUUUCAAACGUAAAGGCUGAAUUCUUUUUGUCGUAAUAUCGUCUAUGAUAUUUAGACAUGUUUUGAGAGAUCUUUAAACGAAAAAAAAAUAGCCGUUAAUUUUAGUGAAAAUAUUAUUCAAUGGUGUUUUAUUUUUUAUAUAGCAAUACGUGUAUUGUAAAGAUGAUUGGAAAAUUCAUCGUGCAUUGUAAACUUUUUUAUGAGGUCACAAUCUAAAUUUGUGAAGGACUGUAAAUAUUUUUUUUUUGUAAACACUUGUGAUUGUCAACAAUCUGUCUUAAAGGUAAAAAUCAAUACAUU